CUCCAACACAAGUCUGGAUGGAUUUUCUCUUGUUACUGAAAGAUAAAGCAGUUAGCACAUAAAGACUCCUGGAUAAAAUGGACAUUAUAUUAUGCUUAUUAUGUUUAAUCAGUGUUGGGAAUGUAAUAGGAAACCAACAUGAGAAGAUAAGUCCGGAAAACAUCACCCGGAUUCUGGACCAGCUUCUUGAGGGCUACGACAACCGACUGAGGCCUGGAUCAGGAGGCUCUGUCACUGAAGUCAAAACAGAUAUAUUCGUCACCAGUUUUGGACCCGUGUCAGAUGUCGAAAUGGAGUUCACCAUGGACAUGUUUUUCCGUCAAAUGUGGGUGGAUGAUAGGCUGGCAUUCAAAGGUCCCAGCGAGAUCUUACGCCUAAACAACCGCAUGUUGGAGAAGAUUUGGGUUCCCGACACCUUUUUCCACAACUCGAAGAAAUCCCUGGCACACAACAUGACAACGCCGAACAAGAUGUUUCGUAUCAUGCAGAACGGCACUGUCUUCUACACCAUGAGACUGACUGUGAGUGCAGAAUGUCCCAUGAUGCUGAUGGACUUUCCCAUGGAUGGCCAUAUAUGCCCUCUCAGCUUCGGAAGCUAUGCAUACACCAGCAAUGAGAUUGUUUACACAUGGAGAAAAGGCCUGAAAAAUUCUGUGGUCAUCCCUCCAGAGUCCUCCAACUUACUGCAGUAUGACCUCAUUGGGCACACACUUUCCAGCAAAAUUCUGCAUACCAAUACAGGUCAGUAUUCUGUCAAGAUGGUUCACUUCUUCCUCCAGAGAAAGCUUGGCUAUCAUCUGAUCCAAACAUAUAUCCCCCUCAUCAUGGUGGUCGUCCUGUCCCAAGUGUCAUUCUGGAUCAACAAGGAGUCUGUGCCUGCUCGCACUGUGGCUGGAGUCACCACCGUCCUCACUAUGACCACACUGAGCAUCAGCGCACGCUCGUCUCUGCCAAAAGUGGCCUACGCCACAGCCAUGGACUGGUUCAUUGCCGUCUGCUUCGCCUUCGUGGCCUCGGCCCUGGUCGAGUUUGCUGCCGUCAACUACUUCACCACGCUGGAGGCCAACAGGAUGAGACGUCGACUCUCCAGAGCUUCUGUGCUGGAGUACAUCGCUGAGGGAAGUGAUGAUGAAGACGAGUCGACGAUAUCUGACACAAGCAACGGAGAGCGACAAAGGAGGAGACUGAACUCGGUUGCAGAAGCCCCAAAAAUGCGCUUGCCCAUCUUCCUGCAGCAGGGUUCAGCUAUUCCACCCAACAUCACGUUGGCUGGCCCCAGUGUCAUUGAUCAGUACGCUCGCGUGCUCUUCCCACUCGCGUUCGCCCUCUUUAACAUCAUCUACUGGUACAUCUACCUCAGCAAGGAUACCAUGGAGAAAUCAAGGGAGAUGGACUGAGUUUCUCCACUGUGCAGUGUGCAGAAGUAUAUCUGCUGCUCUCCUUUUGCUCACUCUCCCUUUGUUCUCGGACUGUUUCAGUCUCUCUUUUCCACUCUUCUCGGCUGUCUCUGACUCCUGAGGUCUGAUGAGGUCUGAUGGAGCACAGGCCGAUGUGACAGCUUGACAUCAGUGCGUAUUCUGUCACCCAUAUGGAUCUGUGAUCACACCCAUGCUCCCUGUUCCUCUCUGCUGUAUCUUAACCUUGUGCAUGGAAAAUGUGCCCUGCUUCUGUGGCUGAGUGAGUAAGAAAAACAUUGAUGAUCUAAUCCUCAGCCCUAAUUGGUGAUGCAACAUUGAACUAGUGCUUUCAGAUCUCUCUCUAGAGAGCCAGACCUCAGAGCACUGGAUGAAGAAAAAAAAAUGACAGGCAUCCAUAUUCUUCAGCAGCUUCAAAGCUUUUUUGUCCUGUACGGAAAACCCAAAAUCUCCAAGACAGAGAGACAGAGAGAGUGAGAGAGAGACAGAGAGAUUUGUGAUUCUUGCAUUAUAUUACUAAUUACACAACACAUUUCUCAAAGAUUCUCAAAGUUUGAUGCUUUACAUUAAUGUUCAGAUGGAUUCUUGUAGAUUUAUUAAAGGUGUAAGUUUGGUAAGUUUUUACACAUGCUUCUAGACCCAUGUUAAUCAUGUAAUGUUCAUAAAAUGUUAUUAAAUAGAUUGUAAAAAAAAAUGUUGAGUGUAAAUAUCAACAUUGAAUGCACAUAGCUUGUCUUUUCAGUUCAGACUUCAGC